AUGAUAUUCUUAGUUUGGUCAGCUUCAGUUGUUAUAUCCUUAGCACCACAAUUUGGUUGGAAAGAUCCUGAUUACUUGCAGCGUAUUGAACAGCAAAAAUGUAUGGUCUCACAGGAUGUUGGAUAUCAGGUUUUUGCCACCUGUUGUACUUUCUACGUGCCACUGUUCGUUAUAUUGGUUUUGUAUUGGAAAAUUUAUCAAACCGCACGCAAACGCAUUCAUAGACGACGCCCAAAGCCCAUUAAUCCUACUGGCAAUAACAAUCAGGAAAACCAAUCAUUAAUUGAAAUCGAAGAUACUGAAAAUACUGGCCUACGCACCAUGGUACAUCGAAAACAUAGAUGA